UGAGGAGGACCGGUUACGAGCAAAUGGUGCACAUAAGCGAUAUGUGUAUCCCAACCCCAUAGGCCAAGAACUCAUUCUAAUUUCUAUGUGCGAAGUGAAGUCUAAAACCUCCCUCGUGUUCAUUGUCGAGGCCACUAAACCCUUGAGCCCAGGAGAGAGAAAGUGAAAAACACAGAGAAAUGAACAGAGUUGCAUCACUGCUUCUCAAGAAACACAAAGCUUUGAAUUCCAUCUUUCACACUAAUAUCAAGAAUUCAUUCAAUAAUACCAGUUGCAAAGCUUCUUCCUAUGAAAGCUUCAAACUUUUCUCCUCUAAUGUUGGUUCUAUCACCGCCAGAAAUGCCGCCAUUUCUGGCUUUCGAUGUUUACCCAAGGGAUUCUAUAGACACUCGAUGAGGAGUAUGUGCACAGCGUCUUCAAUUCCUGCGGAGAAAGCAGGAUUGAAACUAUUAGUAACUGCCGGGCCACAUGCAAGGAAGAUGGUUGGGAUAUGGUUAUUUGGCUCGGCAGCAUGGGUGUUUAGCAUGGUGAUCCUUGGUGGAAUUACUCGGCUUACCCGUUCUGGUCUCUCAAUGACUGAUUGGAAAUUUACCGGGAACCUUCCUCCGAUGUCGGAGGAUGAGUGGGCACUUGAGUUUGAGAAAUAUAAGCAAUCCCCUGAGUAUAAGCGUAUAAACAAGGGGAUGAAUCUUGAAGAUUUUAAGUUCAUAUAUUGGAUGGAAUAUGCACAUCGCAUGUGGGGAAGGGCACUUGGUAUCAUGUUUGCUUUGCCAUUUUCAUAUUUCCUACGUAAAGGGUUUAUAACCCCACGCCUUGGUCUAAGGCUUUCGGCUCUCUUUGGGCUUGGGGCUGGGCAGGGGCUAAUUGGCUGGUGGAUGGUUAAAAGUGGUCUUGAGGAACCUGCAUCAGAACAUGCUGAGCCAAGAGUAAGCCCUUACCGGCUCGCAGCUCACCUUACCUCUGCUUUUGUUAUAUAUUGUGGUCUUCUUUGGACUGCUCUCUCUGUAGUGAUGCCUGAACCACCAGCUGAAUCAUUAGCAUGGGUUAAUGGUGCAGCAAAAGUUAAGAGACUUGCCAUUCCUCUAAGUCUUCUUGUUGGUGUCACUGCAGUCUCAGGAGCAUUUGUUGCUGGAAAUGAUGCUGGUCGUGCGUUUAAUACCUUUCCUAAGAUGGGUGACACCUGGAUCCCAGAUGAUGUUUUGAGUAUGAAGCCAAUUAUGCGAAAUUUCUUCGAAAAUACAUCUACAGUGCAGCUGGAUCAUCGUAUUCUAGCCACUGCAACUAUGGCAUCGGUCUGCUGUUUCUGGUGGGCUACAAGGAAGCUGGAUAUCCAUCCUGCUGUGAAAUCUUUGAUUGGGAGUACUCUUGGUCUGACUGGUUUACAGGUUACUCUGGGGAUAUCAACUUUACUGUCGUACGUUCCAGUUUCUCUUGGCACAGCUCAUCAGGCUGGUGCUUUGACUCUUUUGAGCUUUAUGAUUCUACUUACUCAUACUGUUCGCAAACCAUCUCUUUCUCUCUUAAGAACACUGCCGUCAGUAGCAAAAACAACAUGAUCACAUCAUCCGGAAUUUAUUUGCUCUAUGAUUUCUCCGCACUUAGAUGAACUUGCAUUUACAUUCAUUAUUGAGAAUGAUCAAGUUCUCUUCUAAUUUGGAUUUGAUAUAGUUUAGGAACAAACGGCAUGAAACGUUCAAGUUUCAAAUGAUAGUGUUAAUCAUCAAGUUGGAAUUUUUUAAGUUGGAAAUUUGUACAAGUUUAUAUACAAAGAGUAACAUCUAAUCUCUCUGCAAAGAAAGCGUGGUAAGAGCUUGACACUAAGAAGUUUGGAUUCAACAAAAUCUUGUUGAUUUUGCUCUU